UUUGGAUUGACUCACGGAAACACAAGGCUGCACAAGCCGCAGAAAGAGUUUAGGGACUAUAGCUAAAGGACUGGCAGUCGAUUUCAUCCGGGAGCUGCCGCUGUUCUGAUUCAGCAAACUGACAAAAGAAGAAGGGCUGCACUUUUGGGGGUUUCUUGGGACACAGUUGGAACUGACUGCAACACAGGAACUGAAUGAUAAGGAAGACACCUGAGGCAAUUGUGUCCAUUUUGGAGAGCAGCCCAGCAAAGCAACAACAAGUGUGAGAUUUCCCUUCCCACAGAUACCUUCACGACAAUGACUGACUCCAGCGAGGACUAUGAAAACUACACUUAUGAAUAUUACCUUGAGUAUGGCGACUUGGAAGACAUUAAAGUGGACCACAGGCAGAGAGAAACUAUGCACAUUAUCUCAGUGGUCAUCUACAUUAUCUCCUUUGUGCUUGGCCUGAUUGGAAACGGCUUCGUCAUCUGGGUGACGAGCUGUAAAAGUAAAAAGACUGUCAACAGUGUGUGGUUGCUCAAUCUAGCAAUCGCAGACUUUGUAUUUGUGCUUUUUCUACCUUUCUACAUUGAUUACAUACUGCGGGACUUUCACUGGGACUUUGGUGUGAUCAUGUGUAAGAUUAAUUCAUUUGUGUCUGUGAUGAACAUGUAUGCCAGUGUACUCUUUCUCACAGUGCUCAGUAUAGACCGAUAUGUCUCCCUGGUCCACCUUAACUGGUCUCAAAGGUAUCGCACUGUAGAGAGAGCCUGGGUGGUAUGUGGUUGCAUAUGGGUGCUAGCUGCUGCCAUGAGCUGUCCUGCGCUGAUCUUUCGUGACACCAUGCGCUUACAUGACAAGGUGGUGUGCUUCAACAACUUCCAUGCACAGGAUGGACACACGGCAGCUGUAAGACACAUCAUAAUAGUGGUCAUUCGCACCACUGUGGGCUUCCUGCUGCCGUUUACUGCCAUAUGUGUAACAGGCAUACUUCUGACAAUCAAAGUGAAUCGAUCUAAGGGCUCAGUUCGUUUGUCCAGCUUCUCCAAAACAGUCUCUGCAGUGAUUCUGGCCUUCUUUUUAUGCUGGGCUCCUUUUCAUACUUUCAGCUUGAUGGAGUUGUCCAUACAUUCCUCACUAUACUUACAUAACAUACUGAAAACUGGCUUUCCUCUGGCGACCAGUUUAGGUUUUUUUAACAGCUGCAUUAACCCCAUGCUCUAUAUGCUGCUGGGCAAAAGGGUUCGUAAGAUCCUGAAGCGUGCAUGCCUGGACAUUACGAAAAGCUCACUGAGAGAGCUCAGCCAGUCCAUCUCUGCCACUGAAAUUGAGACUGUCCCAGGUGCUCCUCAAGACAGUUCACCAGAGGAGCCAGUGGAGUCAUCAACUCUAUGAUUGCAAGCAUCCACGGACUGUUGUCCAUGACAAACAUGAGGCUGAGACUGGCUGUUAUUUGAACGUAAAUGUAGAGAGUUCUCAUAGCUGUUCUUUCCAGCUGUAGGAUUUUUCCUAUUUUGUUUCAUUUGGACAGUUAUGACUAUUUCAACUGGCAAUUACUCUAAAUGGAAAAGUAUGCACACAUGCUUCAUGCACAUUGAGUUUGUGUUUGAGUUUCCAUUUUAUUUUGCUAUUAUUGCAUACACUAAAUGAUCUGCAGAAAAAGAGGCAAAAUCUUAAUUAGAGCUGAAACAGUCAAUUAGUUGAAUCAGUUACAGUUUUGUUAAUCAUAAUUGUUUACGACCUUUUUAAAAUAAAAAUGUGAAGAAUGUUCUGCUUUCAGCUUCUUGUAAGGUUUUGCUGCUUUUGUUGUCUUUAUGAUAGUAACUGUUGGUUUUAUAAGGAGUGGAAAAUUCUGAUCGAGUUAUUUGUUUAAACUUAAAACAUAAUCAAUAAGUUAAUCAAAAAUAUUGUUAGUUGCAGUCCUAGAUGAAAUGCAAUUUACAUAUUUACAUUUUUUUUAAAUUGUUGUUCUCUUUUGAACAAAGGGCAUCUGCUCAUUAAUGCACAAUAGGCUGCUCUGCUUUUUAAAGACGAGAUAUGAUAUGGAUAUCUAAUUGUAGUCGAUAUUGUUAUGUUUUUGUACAGUUUUAUACUGGCUGCUAGAGUCACCUAUUAAUGUAUUUUAAGAUUUUAUAACUAGCUGAGAGUUGUAUAAAUGUUUUAUUAUAAUAUAUUCAA